AUGACUCCCUCCGGAGACGCCUCGAAUCACUGCGACGGCCAACCCGACCGUAAUGUCUCAACUUCCUCCCCGAGUCCACCGACCCGGGAACCUGCCACGCAGAGCCACCCGAGAAACCGUCCCAGCGCCGACUCGUCACAUUUCAGCUUUGCUUCGGCUGGAAUGCCCUUGGAUACGCCGUCGCCAUUGAACAUGCCCAACUCUAUAUCACCUCUUGCUGCCGCUGCCGCCUCCAACUCUCCUGAACGCAAAGCCGGUGCUUAUUUUCAUCCCAAUUCUUGCUCGCUCUCACCGCCUACCCCCUGGCACUUUGGAGGUGCUCUGGCAAGAUCUGUGUCUGCCGACGCAGCAAUUCCUCCCCAGACGCCAACGCGACUAAAUAGCGGACUGUCUGCACAUUCUUCAUUGCUUAAUAACUGGAGAGUUGAGCGAGACAACCUCGAUAUCCUCCGACGAAAAGCCGAACAGCUGUAUCGGGACCAGCAGUCAGUCAUUGACGAAAUGAGCGAGCAAUGGCUCAAGGAGAGGGCAGAGAUGUCUCAUCUUAUACAAAGUCUCAGAGAGCGCAUCCAGCGUUUGGAGGGGGAGAACACCGUCCUCAAAUCAAUUGCCUCCUAUACCGCACGUAACCCCGGCCUAAUGUCGCCUCACAACAGUCUGCAAAGCGGCAGUGGGGAGGCAAAUACUAGCAACUCACCCUCGCUGCCUUCAACCAUAUCUCCUCCCCCUCGAUCCUUUUGGCGGGGAGCCCAAAGUGCCAGCGAGGCUUCCGCAUCCCUCGAUUUACCACCUGGGUUAGAGGGCGCUACUCGCCGUCCUCGUCAAUUUGCCAAGCAAGGGAUUAGUCCUUGUACCUCUCCUGUUGCGGCUGCUCCUGCACACGGCCUUCAUAUACCGCUAAGUCCUCGUACAGUGCCUCAAAAGUCUAUCGCUACCGACUUCCUCUCCUCUUCAUCACCAGAAUCUCAUGUCGAUGGUCCCAUCAUUGAUAUCCAGAAAAUAGAUCCCAAAUUGGAGGGUAUCCCGAUUAAAGCUACCGCCGUUCAAAAACCAACCUUUGACUCAGCAAUAUGUAACUGGCCCGGCAACAUUCCCAGCCCGCCCCAUGCUCCUAAGCCAGUGACAAGCACUCACAAGGAUAGCCCCCGCAAACAAAAGACUGGGAUUCCCGUACGAGAAAGGUUCCGACUCGACCGGCUUCGAUCCGGUCUCACUCCUCUCACUUCCUCAAAAGACCAAACAAAGCAACUGCUGGCAACCGAUGAGUCUCGACGCCUAACGAUGCACGCUGGGCACACACCAAACCAUUCCCUGUCUCUAUUUCCCACCAUGACUGCUACUGAAAGCAGCUCGGCUGCUGCUAGAAGCCAGGAGACCACGCCGACUGCAUGGGCAUCUUCCGGGUUCGCUGAUCAGCAUGAGGACACAGAUCUCAGCGACCAUUCUGAUGGCAGAGGCCAAUGUGGCAAAGAGAACAUCGGCAACGACAAGCAGGUGGACGAUGGGAAUAAUCAUGAUGACGAGGGCUACCUGGAGCCUUCUGACGAUGUCCAUCUCAAAGGACCGCUUAUGAUAAAGAAUAUACCAGCCCAGGACGAAGUAUUUUGGGAACAGGUCAAUCAGAGGCUGGAUCCCAUCAGUCGGGGUCAGGACGCAUUACCCAAGGUCCUCCAAUCUCCGGAGAUUGAGGCUACCCAGAACCCGCCUGCGGUGCUCCAGGAGCUCCCACCUGAAGAUGGUGGAAUCCCGGAACAAGCCACUGCUGACAUGGCAAGCGAUGAUGGAGGAGAUGACGGCGAAGGAAAGGCCAGCGUUGAGCAAGAUGUUGCGCUAAAGUUCAAGAAUACUUGCAACUUUGGUGCUCCGUUUGGCACGGCAUGA